AUGUUGCUGUUGAACAGGGUCGCCAAGCUGGCUCAGGGGAGCGCGGAGCUGGCGGUGGGAUCUGCCGCAGCAACGCUCGAGAGCCUCCAAGGUGCUGUUAGCAUCGGUGACUGGGUGGUUGUGUCCAUCUACCUCAUCAUCCUCCUGGUAGUGACACUGUACUGCAACAGGGCAGUCGGUGCGAAGGACGCCGAGCACUUCUUCCUCGGGGGCCGGUCGAUGCCCUGGUGGGCCAUUGGUUGCAGCCUCUUCGCGUCAAAUGUGGGCACCGACCACCUUGUCGGUCUGGCUGGCACUGGCGCGUCUUCUGGGCUCGCCGUUGGGCUCUACGAGUGGAACGCGGCGUUCAUCCUCAUCGUCCUGGGGUGGUGCUUCGUCCCGCGGUACCUCGCCUACGAGAUCUACACGGUGCCGGAGUACCUGGAGAGGCGUUUCAGCAAGGGCUUCCGGAAUUUCUUUUUGACCCUCUCGUUGGCGUCCGCUUUCUUCACCAAGAUCACGGUGACGCUCUACGCCGGCGCGGUGGUGCUGGUGGAAGUGUGCGGCUUCAACAUGUGGCUGUCCUCUGUCGUCCUUCUGGUCCUCACGCCCAUGUACACGUCUUUCGGUGGGCUCGCGGCCGUGCUCUACACGGAAGUCUUGCAGGUCGUGGUGCUCCUGUUCGGCACUUGCGCGCUCCUGUUCUACGGUCUCGACGAGGUCGGCGGCUGGCCCGGCCUGGAGGCCAAGCUGCCGGCAGGCUACUUUCACCUGGUCAGGCCGCUGAGCGACCCCGACUUUCCCUGGCUGGGCUGCCUCCUGGGCAUGCCCAUCAACUCGAUCUGGUACUGGUGCACCGACCAGGUCAUGGUGCAGAGGGUGCUGGCGACCAACAGGCCAGCCGUCGCACAGCGAGGCUGCGUGCUGGCGGCGUGGCUCAAGAUCCUGCCGAUGUACUUGAUGGUCUUGCCUGGGAUGAUCGCGAUGGCGCUCUACCCCGACGAGGUGUCCGAAGACACGGACAGCGCGUUCGCCGUGCUGGUCGUUAAUCUGCUGCCGCACGGCUGGAAGGGGGUCAUGAUCGCCGCGAUGUUGAGCAGCUUCAUGGCCGCGCUGGCCUCCUGUUUCAACUCCUGCAGCACACUCUUCACCAUGGUGGUGUACCGGAGCCACAACCCCGACGCCGACGAGGCCCAGAUGGUCUUCGUCGGUCGCAUGUUCACGCUGGUGGUGGCAGUCGUGUCGCUCCUAUGGCUGCCGGUCAUCGCAAAUAACGGCGACGGCCUCUUCCUUUACAUCCAGAACUAUCGGCCAUCUGGUGUGGCCCCAUCGCGGUCGUGUUCCUAG